AUGGUGCGCGACGCGCUCGCGCGACGCGAGGGCAUCAGCGCGGAGGAGGACCGCGAUCGCUCCGACAUCCUCGACCGCGUAGACGCGGCGAGCGCGUGGCUGGAGAAGACGGAGGGCCUUGGCGCGAGGGACGACGACGACGACGCGCGACCUCCGAUGGUCGUCGUCCAGCGAUGCGGCGUCCUCGGGCGGCCGCCGACGGGAAAGCCGGGGAUCGAGGCGAUGAUGCAGUCCGUCGCGCCCGGGUGCGUCGGCGACGGCGACGUCGUGUUCGAGCGGUUCGGCGACGGGAUCGUCGGCGUGAGGGGAGGGGCGGAGGGGGACGACGCGUGCGCGGUGUGCCGCGAACGCGUCGUCGUCGUCGGCGACGGCGGCGGCGAAGGAGGUGCGUUCUAUACACUGGUCCCCAUACGACCGCGUUCGCGAGGUGAACGCCGAUCCUUAAGGACUUUGCCCGGCGCAUCUCUCCGCCCACACCUCGCUUUCAAUCCCCGCCCGCGACGCCUUUCAACUCCACCUGACGCCUUUCAACUCCACCCCGGCGGCGAAGAGGCGAAGACGAAGGGAAGCGAAGAAGGCGAGACGAAGACGCCGGGCCCCUCGGACGCCGACGCGAUGGGUCUGCCGUGUCGGCACGUCUUCCACCGCGGAUGCCUCGCGCCGUGGUUCGCGACGUGCGACGCGAAGGGCGUCCCGCUGUCGUGCCCGGAGUGCCGGCAGCGGCUACCGUUGACGGGCGAGGUGGGGCCCGCCCGGGUUCUAUUUCCACACUGGUCCCCAUACGACCGCGUCCGCGUUGUGAACGCGUACGCCGCGUCCUACGACCCCGCACAAUUACUUCGCGCUCGGUACCGAGAAUUUCUCAUCGGCGGCAUGUGCGAGUGCUGCCAGGCGACGCACAUGGAGAGCGACCCGCAGGUGUACUUAGACUGCCACGACGGCACCCCCCCGGUGGUCGUGCAGAGGAGCGAGCUCCCGCCGGAGGCUCGGUACGACGUGCGGUACUCGCAGAUGGCCAUCGCGGAGAUGCGCGGGUCGACGGCGGCGAUGGACGACGGCGCGCACGCGGAUUUCCCGCGCGGAUUCACAAUGCGCAGGUGUCAGGGGGAGCUUUUCGCGGACGAGGACGAGGGGUGA